AUGGAAGAGGCCUUUGUCAAUGAUACUCCUGUCGGUUUAGCCUCGGUGGGACCCAGCAAGGAGUACCAUCUAAGGCGAGAAGAGAAAAGAUACCAAUGCUCUCGAUCCCCACCCCCGAGGUGGAAUAAUGGAGGUCAAUAUCAUCGAUCUCGUAGUCCUUCAAGAAGGAUUCAGCUAUCAUCAUCUCCUGGGCAGUAUAAUAACUACAUACCCCCGAAUGUUUUUCGAAGAGAGCGAGCCAAAGUCUCACAGCCUAUCGAGCAGACGCUAGAAGGAAGUUUUUUUUUCUUCUUUUCUCCAACGCUGGUGAAUUCUCGUGAGCAUUUCACCUCCAUGUCUCCUAACCAGAUCCAAUAUCCAAGCUUUUUCUCACCAGAGACCGGCAUCUAUACCAGCAAGCACCCCCCAAGAGACCUUCCCCAGAACCCAUUCCAGGACUUGGUGUCCUUCCUCUUCUCCCAUGGCCACCAAGGUGCCACAGCCCUGGUCGACUCCGUGUCCGGGCUCUCCAUAUCCUAUCCCAAGCUUCGCGACAUGGUCGAGUCCAUGGCCUCUGGCCUCGACCACAUCGGCAUCUCCAGCGGCCAUGUGGUUCUGGUUCUGUUGCCCAAUACCAUUCUCUUCCCUGUUAUAAUACUGGGCGUUAUGUCCGUAGGCGCCAUUUUUACUACGAUGAAUCCUUUGUGCAAGCCCGGGGAGAUUAAGAAACAGAUGAGCAUUUCCAAGGCUGAAUUGGUCUUCACCUUCUCUGAAAACGUGGGAAAGUUUGAUGGACUGGGUGUUCGGGUAGUCACAGUACCCGAAAGAUUGGAUUUUGAUGCAACAGAAUUCUCUAGCUUCGGUCAUCUUCUUUCGAGGGAUCCGAAACAAGCACCAAAGCCUCUAAUUCGGCAGACCGACGUCGCUGCGAUACUGUUUUCUUCAGGCACUUCUGGACCCAGCAAAGGAGUCGUCAUCACGCACGCAAAUUUCGUCGCAAUGGUGGAGCUCUUUACCCGGUUCGAUGCUUCGCAGUAUAAUACCGAGAGUUGGAAGAAUGUGUACCUUGCUGCCGUACCUAUGUUUCAUGUCUACGGUCUGUCGCUCUUCACAAUGGGGCUCCUUUCCUUGGGUUCCACAGUUGUGGUUUUGCGGAGGUUCGAUCCGAAGGAAGCAAUUAGAGUUAUCGAUAGAUACAAGGUCUCUCAUUUCCCGGCUGUCCCACCAAUGUUGGCAGCUCUUGUGAUGGGAGUUAAAGAUUCCAGUGGCUGUAAUUUGAGGUCUUUGAGACAGGUCUCUUGUGGGGCAGCUCCUAUUAGUGAAAAUUUGAUACAGAACUUCCUAGAAGCCUUUCCUCAUGUUGAUUUCAUUCAGGGAUAUGGGAUGACUGAGUCUACUGCAGUAGGAACUCGUGGUUUCAAUACAGCAGAUUGUAAAAAGUAUACUUCGGUAGGACUGUUAGCUCCAAACACGGAAGCCAAAAUAGUUGAUUUGAAAACUGGAUCUGGUUUGCCUCCGGAAUGCAGGGGUGAGCUUUGGCUACGUGGACCGGGUAUCAUGCAAGGUAACACUUUUAAGACGUGGGUAUUGUUCAAGUACAGGUUGAAGCAUUUGGAGCUAGAUUUGAAAAAGAUAGCUCCAGCUGACUUAGAGGCCCUACUGAUUUGCCACCCUGAGAUUCUUGAUGUUGCAGUGACAUCUGCUGAAGAUGAAGAGGCUGGGGAGAUACCGGUUGCAUUUGUGGUUAGGAGACCUGGAGGCAUGCUUUCUUCUUCAGAAGUAAUUGAAUACAUAGCUAAGCAGGUAGCUCCAUAUAAGAAGGUGAGGAAGGUCGUAUUUGUGGACUCAAUUCCCAAGUCAGCAGCAGGAAAGGUAUUGAGAAGGCUUCUGAGGAACUACCAUGGGGCUUCCAAGAUGUAAUGCUAGCACCAAGCCUAGCUUCUAACUAUGAAACUUUUUGUUACAGUUAUAUCUUUCUGGUAGGGGUCUGCCAGAGAAAA